UGUGACAGUCAUGGGCUCCCGGGACCGGACUCUGUAUCUGCUGACCGCUGCCCUCCUCAUCCACGUGUCUCUGCAGGGGGAGCAUCAGCGGCGUCUGUACAAAGACUUGAUGAGAAACUACAAUCCUCUGGAACGACCCGUUUAUAACGACUCUCAUUCGCUCACUGUUCACUUCAGCUUCAGUCUGAUGCAGAUCAUGGACGUGGAUGAGAAGAACCAGGUUCUGACAACCAACAUCUGGCUUCAGCUGUAUUGGAGCGACUACUAUCUGCAGUGGAAUACGAGCGAUUAUCCCGGCGUGAACACGGUUCGGUUCCCAGACUCCCUCAUUUGGAAACCUGACAUCCUGCUGUAUAACAGUGCUGAUGAGAGAUUUGACGCCACAUUUCACACAAACGUCCUGGUCAACUCGUCUGGAUACUGUCAGUACCUGCCACCAGGCAUCUUCAAGAGCACCUGCUACAUCGACGUGCGCUGGUUCCCGUUUGACGUUCAGCGCUGCGAUCUGAAGUUCGGCUCGUGGACGUACGGCGGAUGGUCUCUGGACCUGCAGAUGAUGGACGCUGAUAUUACAGGAUACAUCGCUAAUGGGGAAUGGGACCUGGUUGAGGUUCCAGGCAGGAGGAACGAGAAGUUUUACGACUGCUGUAAGGAGCCGUAUCCUGACGUCACCUUCACCGUGGUCAUGAGGAGGAGGACGCUGUACUACGGCCUCAACCUGCUGAUCCCUUGCGUCCUGAUCUCCACUCUCGCACUGCUGGUGUUUCUGCUGCCCGCCGACUCUGGAGAGAAGAUAUCGCUCGGAAUCACAGUGCUGCUGUCGCUCACCGUCUUCAUGCUGCUGGUGGCCGAGAUCAUGCCUGCCACCUCUGAUUCAGUGCCUCUGAUUGCGCAGUAUUUUGCCACCACUAUGGUGAUUGUGGGUCUGUCGGUGAUCGCUACGGUCCUGGUGCUGCAGUAUCACUAUCAUGAUCCAGACGGAGGAAAGAUGCCGCGAUGGACCCGCGUUCUCCUCCUGAACUGGUGUGCUUGGUUCCUCCGGAUGCGGCGGCCUGGUGAGGAGCGAAUCCGUCUGGCCUGCCACAACAAGCACACUCGGCGUGGGAGCGUGUCCAGCGUGGAGCUCUCCGUCAGCCAGGGGGCGCUGCAGCCCAGCAACAUGCUGUACAUCGGCUUCAGAGGCAUGGAGGGCGUCCACUACGCUUCCUCCCACGACUCGCACAGCGUCCUCUGCGGCCGUCUCAUGGCCUCCGCCGAAGAGGACGUGCUGUUGCCGGGGGCGACCAUGCCCACGCUUGGGGGCGGGGCCGGAAUUGGGGGCCGGGUUAAUGGUGGUCUUAUGGGGGGAGCUUUGGAACUGGAACUUGCUAAAAUUCUCGAAGAGGUGCGAUAUAUUGCUAAAAGAUUUCGCAACCAGGACGAGGACGAGAACGUGUGUAACGAAUGGAAGUUUGCGGCGGCGGUGAUCGAUCGCUUAUGUCUGAUGGCAUUCUCCAUUUUCACCAUCCUCUGCACCAUCGGGAUCCUAAUGUCAGCGCCCAAUUUCGUAGAAGCCAUUUCUAAAGAUUUCUUUACUUGAUGCUCAACGGUCUUGCUGCGAGAACUUGGUUAUUUUAUGAUGUUUUGUACAUCGCUCAGCAAGAACUAAGAUUCUUGUCUUGGACCUGUAAUGGGUGCACUAAUAAAACAUGCUAACUAGGGCUGAGCGAUAUCAAAUUUGAUUUUGCUAGCAAUAAAAGUAAGCCACAUAAUUUGAAGCACUUUUUAUUCGCCCUCAUCUUCCUCAUCUUACUAUUUGCUAGAGUGUUUAUUAUGGAAGCCCAUUUCCGCCACUGAAUUAAAAAAAAAAAAAAAAAUGUUGUUGUGACUUUUCUGACAAUUCUGACCUUUUUUUCAGAACUGCGUGAUACAAACUCCCAAUUCUCUCACACAUGCGAGUUUGUACCUCAGAAUUCCUACUUUUUUCUUGCAAAUUCUGACCUUUUUCGCAAUUGCGAGUUUUAUAUCUCGGAAUUCUGACAUUUUUCUGACAAUUGCGAGUUUGUAUCUCGAAAUUCUGACUUUUCUCGCAAUUGGGAGUUUGUAUCUCGGAAUUCCCAUUUUUUUUCUCGCAAUUGCGAGUUUGUAUCUCGGCAUUCAGACUUUUUUUUCUGACUUUUCUCGGAACUGCGAGUUUGUAUCUCGGAAUUCUGACUUUUUCGCAAUUGCGAGUUUGUAUCUCGGAAUUCUGACUUUUCUCACAAUU